GGAAGGGUCGCGUUUCCCCUCAGGCCGCGUCCCGGGUCCGGCGUCCAGGGUGCGGCGGGGUGCGGGCAGAAGAGGCGGGAAGCUGGGCCGGGUGCGGUUCCCGGACCUUUUUUGAAUGUCAGGCGCGAGGUCGAGCGGGGGAUGGGCUCGCGCGCGUUUCUGACAGACGGCGGCCCCCGGCCCGCGGGGGUGCGCGCGCGGGGUGGGGGCAGGGCAGGCGGGGCGGGUUUGGGCGGGAAGCGGCGCCCCGCCCGCAGCCGACUCCCGGCGCUCCCCGCAGGUGGACGCGGCGCCGCCGCCAUGGGCAAAGGAGACCCCAACAAGCCGCGGGGCAAGAUGUCGUCGUACGCCUUCUUCGUGCAGACGUGCCGCGAAGAGCACAAGAAGAAGCACCCGGACUCCUCCGUCAACUUCGCCGAGUUCUCCAAGAAGUGCUCGGAGCGGUGGAAGACCAUGUCUGCAAAGGAAAAGUCCAAGUUUGAAGAUAUGGCCAAAAAUGAUAAAGCUCGCUAUGACAGGGAGAUGAAGAACUACGUUCCUCCCAAAGGCGACAAGAAAGGAAAGAAAAAAGAUCCCAAUGCUCCUAAAAGGCCCCCGUCUGCCUUUUUCCUGUUUUGUUCAGAACAUCGCCCAAAGAUCAAAAGUGAACACCCGGGCCUGUCCAUUGGGGAUACUGCAAAAAAAUUGGGUGAAAUGUGGUCUGAGCAGUCAGCCAAAGAUAAACAGCCAUACGAACAGAAAGCAGCAAAGCUAAAGGAGAAAUAUGAAAAGGAUAUUGCUGCAUACCGUGCCAAGGGCAAAAGUGAAGCAGGGAAGAAAGGCCCUGGCAGGCCAACAGGUUCAAAGAAGAAGAAUGAACCUGAAGAUGAGGAGGAAGAGGAGGAAGAAGAUGAUGAAGAUGAGGAGGAAGAGGAGGAAGAUGAAGAAUAAAUGGCUAUCCUGUAAUGAUGCGCGUGGAGUAUGUGUGUAUGCUCAGGCAAUUGUUUUGCUAAGAAUGUGAAUUCAAGUGCAGCUCAAUAUUAGCUCAGUAUAAGAACUGUACAGAUUUUUGUAUAGCUGAUAAGAUUCUUUGUAGAGAAAAUACUUUAAAAAAAUGCAGGUUGUAGCUUUUUGAGGGGCUACUACAUACAGUUAGAUUUUAAAGCUUCUGAUGUUGAAUGUUCCUAAAUAUUUAAUGGUUUAAUUUCUUGACUUGUGUAUGGUAGCACAGCAAACUUGUAGGAAUUAGUUUACAUAUUAAGUUUUGGGUUUUUUAGGAUCUUGCAUUUUGUUUUUUUAAAAAGAUUUUGUAAUAAAAGUAUGUAUAUUAUU